AUGAAGGCAGCUUUCUACUCAAAGCUAGAUGCUUAUUUAAAUGAGUUGGAUACUAAACGACAAGCGAAGUACUUGAUAACAGCUGAAACAUAUGAAAAAAUUGUACAAGUACUCUCGACUGAAACCAAGUACGAUCCUCAAUUUAAUUUUUGGGCAAAAAAACGUUUUACUAGUCUUAAAAUUAAUGAUCAACCCGUGGUGUAUUCAGCAAAAGAAAAAUUGCCAAUUGUAAAAUAUGAGAAUCUAUUUGAAACUCUCAAUGAAUGUCAUUUAUCUGUCGGGCACCUGGGUAGAGAUAAAACCUGGCAUGAAGUUAAACGCCGAUAUGCUCAGAUACCACUUGAAUUAGUGAAGUUGUUUCUUAGUUUAUGUGAUCAAUGUGCAUCAAGAAAAACCUUUCCUAAACCUGUUGUUGGGAAGCCAAUAGUAUCUGUAGGCUUUAUGACUCGAAUACAGAUGGAUUUAAUUGAUAUGAGGAGCAAUGAAUUUAAUGGUUUUAAGUGGAUAUUUCAUGCAAAGGAUCACUUUUCUAAAUAUUCGUGGUUGUUUCCGUUGGCAUCCAAAGAAGCUAUUAAUGUAGCUAAUAUAUUACAGUCAAUCUUCUAUCAAUUUGGUCCACCGAAAAUACUACAGUCCGACAAUGGUCGCGAGUUUGUCGCAAAGGUGAUAACAGAUUUAACGAAAACUUGGUCAGGUUUGGUGAUAGUUAAUGGGCGACCAAGACACCCUCAGUUCCAGGGUUUAGUGGAAAGGAGCAAUUCUGUUGUUCAACAACUUCUUGGUAAAUGGUUAAGUACGAGCAAUUCGUCUGAUUGGCCCUCUGGACUGGGACCGGUGAUGCUAGCCAUUAACACUAGCAUAGCAAAAAGUAUUAACAAGACUCCUUUUGAAGUUGUUUUCGGGCAGCAUCCACGUACAGAUGAUGAUAUUUGGAAAUCUAUUGUUAAUCAUCAACAACAAGAUGAUACAAAUAAAAUUAUUUUAGACGAAGAUUUACCCGAUGAUAUUGCAAAGAUAGUUAAAGAAACGGAUUAUGCUGAUUCUGAAUUAAUUUCUGAUCAAGAUGAUAAUGAUAAUGAACGAUUAAAGACAAAUGAAAAAAUGACAACUGCUGAAUAUCAAAAGGAAGAUCAUGUUAGUGAUGAUGAACAGCAAGAAACUAUUGUUGAUCACGAAGAAUGCAUUGAUGGAACUGAAUCGACAGUUAAUGAUGGUAGUUUAAAUAUUAACUUGAUAUCUAAUGGUCGCCAUCGGCGAGUUCGAGAAGAAGCUGAACAAGCAUACCUUAAAAAUGCACAAUCACAAUUAGUUAAAUAUAAAAUAAAUUCAGCUAAACGACAACGAACGUAUGUUAUUGGUGAUAUUGUCGGUUUAAAGGUUUCAGAUGUCGAUCGUACAAACACUUCAUCCACGAUUUUACCAUGUAAAAUAAUUGAAAAAUAUUUCCAAAAUAAUGAAAUGCUAUACAUGGUUGCUACUCAAAAUGGUAUCAUCAAAGAACGUUUUAAUCCAAUGGCAUUUUUAGAUCUUACCACAGCCAAUUUUGCAUCACUACGUGCUAUUGAUACUGAUCAAUUACCAACAAUUACUUUUAUUCAAGCAAGUCAACUUUAUACAAAUUUCAAAUCAAUAGAAACUUGUAAAUGUGCUGGUAAUUGUAAUACAAAUAGGUGUUACUGUAAGAAAAAUAAUCGAAAAUGCUGUACAAAAUGUCGCAGCGAUAAAUAUUCAGUAUGUAAGAAUUGCUAG